GCUCCGGUAGUCCAGCUGCAGUACCUGCUGUGAGUUUUCCUUUUGAGCCAAUUCAUUUUCAAAAUGCCUUGCUCUCCAAGCACGCCCGAUCAGUUGGCAGGAAAGACUGUCAAAGCUCUUGAUGGGGUUUCUCUCUCCGAGAAGCAGACGAAGCAGUCUUUCACUAAGAGCCAAGCUUCGUUACAUGAACCGUCUCCUGCGAGUACCUAUGGUGAUACUGCCACGGGCGAUAGCGUUCCGGUUACUCCUCUUGAGCCUCAAGCAUACG